GAAGGUGAGGCGGGGAGAGACGGCUCGGCGCGGGGAGGCUGGCGCUGGGGCCACGCGUGACGAAAAUGGCCGUGCGAGGGCCUGGCGCUGCGGGCGGGAGGAGGUGGGCUCGUUUGUCCCUCGACGCUCGCUGCCGCGGGCCCGCCUGGCGCUGCCCGCAUCGAGGCUCCGAACGAGAGGCGUUGGGUGUAGAACGGCCCCGAGCCGGGAGGGCGGACGUCGCCCCGCAGCCGCGGGGAAACCUCUGACGUGUGAUGAGGGAUGGAGGAGGGCGGAGAGGGGCAGCGGGUGGGCUGUGGCGCUGCCUUAAAGCGAGGCUUACGCUUUGCUGAAGGGAGGCUGGGAUAGAGCGGGAAGCGGUUGGAGAAAUGCUAUAGUUUGCCGUUCUGGAUUGCUGUUGGGUGUUCCUUUGGUAGCGUGCUGUUCAGGUGUGUUUAGUGCAUGCUGCAAUGAGCCUUUUUUCCUAUCAGGAGACGGGUCUUGGUGGCUUUUGUCUGAGAAGUUAAAUGGCUGUGUGCAAGCACACCCCUCCAUACUGCAGUCUAUGACUGAGGCUAAAGAAAUUCUUACAAAAGAAUCAAAUGUGCAAGAGGUACGUUGCCCUGUCACUGUCUGUGGGGACGUCCAUGGCCAAUUCCACGAUCUUAUGGAACUCUUCAGAAUCGGUGGGAAGUCUCCAGACACAAAUUACCUGUUCAUGGGAGACUAUGUGGACAGAGGCUACUACUCGGUGGAAACGGUGACUCUACUAGUAGCGUUAAAGGUGCGUUACCCAGAGCGCAUUACAAUACUGAGAGGAAAUCAUGAAAGCAGACAAAUUACACAAGUGUAUGGCUUUUAUGAUGAAUGUCUGCGGAAAUACGGCAAUGCCAAUGUCUGGAAGUAUUUCACAGAUCUGUUUGAUUAUCUUCCACUUACAGCUCUAGUUGAUGGCCAGAUAUUCUGUCUCCACGGUGGCCUCUCUCCAUCCAUAGAUACACUGGAUCAUAUCAGGGCUCUGGACCGCCUGCAGGAAGUUCCACAUGAGGGUCCAAUGUGUGAUCUGUUAUGGUCGGAUCCAGAUGAUCGUGGCGGCUGGGGUAUAUCUCCACGUGGUGCCGGCUACACGUUUGGGCAAGACAUUUCUGAAACAUUUAAUCAUGCCAACGGUCUUACACUGGUCUCCCGCGCUCACCAACUCGUCAUGGAGGGUUAUAACUGGUGCCAUGACCGAAAUGUGGUGACCAUUUUCAGUGCGCCCAAUUACUGUUACCGCUGUGGGAACCAGGCCGCUAUCAUGGAACUAGAUGACACUUUAAAAUAUUCCUUCCUUCAGUUUGACCCAGCACCUCGUCGUGGAGAGCCUCACGUUACCCGUCGUACCCCAGACUACUUCCUAUAAACCUCUCAUAACCUUUUAGAAGGAAGUACACCUGGCGUUUUAAAGAGCAACAAUAUUUACAUGUUUCUGUAAGAAAUCGGGGUUCGUCUCUACUUAUAAUCCCCAUCAUGGACCAAAAUGUGCCAUACUGAGGACGAAGAGCGUUCAGCACAACUUGAGACUGAAUUCCUUACAACACUAUAUAUCCUAUACCAAUCAGUCCGACAGUCAGUUUGCCUGCUGUAUUGUAGUCAUUAUUUUUUGUUGGUUUUUUUUUUUUCUGGACUGUUCAGAGAGGACAAGGUAACUCUAAUGCUUCCAUCUCCUUCUACGCUUAUUUGUAAAUUUUUAGUUCUAGUGGUUAACUGGCAUGAAUUAGCGUUUUGGAGUUCAUUUUUAAGGGAAAUGCACACUAACUUCUUUGCCCCACCACUCUUGAUUUUACCGAAAGACGAGCGCCUGAAGUGGAGCAGGCCAGGCUGGCCGGGGCCCCGGGCGGCCCGGCCCGGGGGGUGCAGCCCUGCCCCCGGCAGGGGUCGGAUGGCCUCUAAGGCACCUUCCACCCCCCCGCCCUUCUGCGCUUCUAGGAGAAGGGAAGCGAUUCCUGCUUUUGGGAGUACGUUGUCAUAACACGGAAUAAAGCGUUCCCUUUUUAGCUCGA